AUUGGGAAGAAUGUCAUCUGUGACAGAGCUGCAACUCCUCUGGAUGCAUUUAGAAUGAUGUCAGCAGCACAUUAUUAUCCCAAACUCAUGAGUAUAAUGGGUAACGUUCUCCGCUUCCUCCCUGCAUUUGUUAAGAUGAAACAAAUGAUUCAAGAGGGCUAUGUCGGAGAUCUAUUGAUCUGUGAAGUUCAGGUUCAUAGUGGAAGUCUUCUGGGUAAGAAAUACAACUGGAGCUGUGAUGAUCUGAUGGGGGGUGGAGGGCUACAUUCAGUGGGAAGCUACAUUAUUGACCUUUUGACUUUUCUGACCAGCCAAAAAGCUGCCAAAGUCCAUGGUUUCUUGAAAACGUUUGUGAAGCAGACAGAGCAUAUCAGAGGUAUUCGUCAAAUCACUAGUGAUGACUUUUGCACCUUCCAAAUGGUUUUAGAAGGUGGUGUGUGCUGCACUGUAACUUUGAAUUUCAAUGUCCCUGGGGAUUUUAAACAAGAAAUCAUUGUAGUGGGGUCCACUGGCCGAUUAAUGGUUAAUGGCAGUGACUUGUAUGGACAAAGAAAUAAUGCAUCUCAAAAGGAGUUGAUUUUAGAAGACUCAACUCCUGUAAGUAAUGCACUGCUCCCAGAAAAAGCUUUUAGGGAUAUCCCAUCCCCAUUCCUCAGAGGUACUAUCAUGAUGGUUCAAGCUAUUCGACAGGCAUUCCAGGACCAAGAAGAUCGACGGACCUGGGAUGGAAGACCAUUAACAAUGGCAGCAACAUUUGAGGAUUGUUUGUAUGCACUGUGUGUGGUGGAUACCAUUAAAAAAUCAAACAAGACCGGUGAAUGGCAGAACAUUGUGAUUAUGACAGAGGAGCCUGAGAUUAGUCCUGCAUAUUUGAUCAGCGAGGCCAUGCGUCGCAGCAGAAUGUCAUUAUUAUACUAACUGCUUUUUUAACAAUACUUGUAACAAGUUCACUAGUAGUAGGUUCAGUAGGUGAAAGGAACUUAUAUAUUUGGAUGCACAGAUAUGUUAAUGCUAUAUGUCUGUGACUUCCUGGUUUAAAUAUAUAUUGACAUAACUGCAGGAUUUACUUGCAAGUAAGAUUAAAAUUAUACAAAGUAAGACUAAAAUUAUGUGUCUGGUAAGAAAAAUGCCAUUAAAGCAAAAAAGUGUUUAAUAACUACUGAGGAGUACACCUGUUGGUGGUCAUUGUUAAGCUUUUGAAAAGGCAAUGGCUUUCAUUACCAUGUGACAUGUUAACUUCCUUGUAAUUCAAGCAACUUGUUUUGGAGAUCACUUUGUUUGGAAAUAUUGCAAUUUUGCACGCCAGGCACAGAAUUUUAAAGAAAUAUAGCAGAUAUUUAGAGCUCUGAUAGUUUUAGUUGACAGAAAAUCGAGUCAGCCACAGUCAUAUGUAUGAACUUCUAUUCAUUAUUUUCUUCUGUAAAUGCCCUAAAUAAUCAUAUUUACCACUGAAGAAUAGAUCUUGUUAAAAUCUUAAUAUUUUGCAUCAGUCAACUCUAAGUCUGACUAAAUAGUUCACAAUGUAAUGCUUUUGCAAUAAUAAUUGCUUUCACAGUAGAGUGAUGGAAAAGAUUCCUUUAACAGGGAACAUGUAGAUUCCUGGUGUUUGGCUGAGGAACAUUAUUGGUCAACAGUUGCAAGUAAGUUUCCAAGUUACAUUUUGAAAAGGUGCUUAGCAAGAGGAAACUCAAAGAAGAUGAGGAUAAAUUGAGAAGUUAAAAAAUGAAAACUGCAUUUUGAAAAAGUAAUUUGUUCUACGGUCCUGUAUAGUAGUGUGUUGAUUUUACUGAACCAGUAAUCCAAAGUCCUGGACUAAUAAUUCAAUGAAUGUGAUUUCAAAUCCCACUAAGGCAGCUUGAGAAUUCAGUUUAAAACAAAAUCAAGUAAUGUUAAAAAAAAGGCAAUCCAAAACUGACUAUCUGAUUGUCAAAAAUCCACCUGGUUCACCGAUAUCAUAUACAGAAAGAAUUCCUUUAGACAGGUGAUUCUGUUCCCACAUCAAUAUGAUUAACGCUUAAAUGGCCUCUAAAGUAACGUAGAAUGGAAUUCAUUUGGGCUGCCAGAGGUUUAAGAAGAAAGUUCAGCACUUUCUCAGGGCAAACAAGGGCCGACAUAAAAGCUAGCCUUAUCGACAUCCCAACAAUAAAUAAAAAAAACAUGAAUGCUGGUGCUGUUUUCCUUAUCAUAUGCUGCUUACUUUCUUAAACUACAACACAAAUAUUAAGCAAGGCUGGGAUAUGUAAACUAAAACCAUAAGGAAGCAAAUGUCACUGGUGUAUAAUCUGUGCCGUAGAUUUGCCAAAAUAUGAAUGUUCCAUCCUUCAUCGAUUGACAUUGCAUCUAAGCUUCCCCAAGUGACAAAUUGUCAGUCUCAAUUGGGCAAUUAAACAAACCAAUGGGCAUCAAAAAAGUUUUGUGUCAAAAAGACUGAGCAAGCAUGGGUUUCACUCAGGUCAGUACUCAUUUCUUCUUGUACAUGCAGUGAUUAAGGUUUUUGUUUUUUGUGUUAUUCUUUCGUGGGAUGCCAGUUCAUUGCCUAUCCCUAAGUGACCUUGAGCAGGUGAUGCUGAGUAAGUUCUGCAAACAGGAACAUAGGAGUAUCAGCAGUCCAUUCGGCCCUUGAACUAUUCAGCUAGGUUAUGGAUGAUCUUCUACCUCAAUACAAUUUUCUCACAUAAUCUCCAUAUACAUUCAUGUCUUUAAUAUGUAGAAAUCUUAUUGAUCUCUGUCGUGAAUAUACUCAAUGACUGAGCCUUCACAACCUUUUGGGGUAGAGAAUCCCAAAGAUUCACCCCCUUGGUGAGAAAUUUCAUCUCAUCAGCAUGACUAAAUGACCUAGUCCUUGUUCUGAGACUAACUUGCUGAUUCUAGACUCCCUAUCUAGGGGAAACAUCUUUGCAUAUAUACCCUGCUGACCACUCUAAGAAUUUCAAUCAGAUUACCUCUCAUUCUUUUACAUUCUUUUACACUUGAGGGGUGGCACGGUGGCACACUGCUGCCCCACAGCGCCAGGAA